GGCGAUCAGCUGGAGAAAGGAGCGCAGGUGAUGGAUGGGCCGGGAGUGGGGAUUUAAAGACUCUUGGAGCCCGCGUCUUUGACACAGUCUCCCCCGAGAGCGAAUCUCCUGGGUUGCUGCCUGGUUGAAAAAAAUAUUUGGAGAUCAUCCCAUUCCACAAUAUGAGGUGAAUCCAAGGACCACAGAGAUUCUGUAUCACCUUUCAGAGCGCAACAAGGCCCGGGACAGGGAUGUCUCCCUGGUAAUAGAGGACUUAAAACAGAAAGCAAGUGAAUAUGAAUCAGAAGAGACCUAAAGAUUCGUCAUUGCCUAGGAAUGGAGCUAAACAUCUUCAAGACCUUCUCAUGGAGAGUGUGAAUUUUUCCCCUGCUAAUCUCUCUAGUGCCGGUUCCAGGUAUCUGAAUGCUUUGGUUGACAUUGCCUUGGUGCUUGAAACAAAGGAUACCUCACUAACUAGUUUUAUUCCUGCAGUGAAUGAUUUGACCUCUGAUCUUUUCCACACCAAAUCCAAAAAUGAAGAAAUCAAGCUUGAGUUGACAAAACUUGAAAAUAAUCUAACUGGAACUUUAGUAUUAGAAAAACGUCUACAAGAGGAUCUCAAGAAGGCAGAGCAGCAUCUCUCUACAGAAAGGGCCAGAGUCAACCAUCGUCUUCAGAACAUGGACUUCCUAAAAGCAAAAUCAGAGGAGUUCAGAUUUAGAAUCAAAGCUGCAGAGGAACAGCUUUCAGCCAGAGGCAUGGAUGUUUCUCUCUCUCACCAGUCACUAGUGGCGCUGUCAGAGAAACUGGCAGAACUAAAACGACAGACUAUACCUUUGAAGAAAAAAUUGGAAUCCUAUUUAGAUUUAAUGCCGAAUCCAUCUCUUGCUCAAGUGAAAAUUGAAGAAGCAAAAAGAGAAUUGGAUACCAUUGAAGCUGAACUUACACAGAAAGUGGAGAUGAUGGAACUGUGACCACAGCCAAAUGAACGUCGUUUUUCCCAACAGGAUAAAUUGAAUAGGAUUUCAAAGAAUAUUUUUCCUCUUGGCAUUCCUUAGUAACUUAAUUUCUGUGCUCUUAGAUGAGAUAAUAGCAUCAUUUUUGAUAGAAUACUGAGUGUUCAUAUUAAAAAACAUUUUCUCUUUUUUUUUUUUUGUUUUUUAUAAAAAAGCCUUUUCUCUUGGUUGGUUGUUUUCUCUGUUGCUGGUAGAUAAGUAUCCUUCAACAGAUGCAUUAGGUGAACGUCAUGCCAGCUGUCACACAUCUGCUCAGUGGGUCAGGUGACGUGAGAGGGAAGGUUCCACGACUCCAAUUAUGUUUCUCCCACUCCCUUCCCUCUCCUGGGUUCUGCUGUUGUCUUUUCUCAUCAGCUCACCUGCCUUCCUCCAAAUGUUAAUAUAUGCAGGAAUUUUAUUUAUGGAAAAGAACUUUUAAAUCAAUAGUAGAAAAAUGGAUAAUUCAAUACAUGGUGCUGGAUCCAUACUUUAUACCUUAUGUCAGGAUGAACUCCAAAAACCAAAGGUUUAUUUGCAAAAAAUUUUAAAAUAAAGGUAGUACAGUAAGUCCCUGGGUUUUGACAACUCACACUUGCCCUUUAAUACUGUGUAAAUUUGUCCUCACUCUGAAAUGACUGAACCAACGCCUACUUGGAAUAAAUUCUUCAUCACCGGCAUCUUCACCUGCUGCACAUGCAGCUUUUAAAUCAUGUUGCAGUAACAUAAGGCUAAAUGAGAACCGUAUGCACUGUUCUGACUUACCUACAAAUUAACUUAAACACGGGAACAGAUCUCAGUGGUAACACCAGGGUCUGCCUAUAUAAUCAUAAUAUAUAAUAUUACGUAUAUCAAUAUGGUAUAUGUUAUAUACCCAGAAAAACCCCAUUGCCAUCGAGUCAAUUCCAACACAGAGCAACCCUGUGGGACAGAGUAAACUGCUCUGUAGGGUUUCCAAAGCUGUAAAUUUUUAUGGAAGCAGAUUGCCACAUCUUUAUCCUGAAGUGUGGCUUGUGGGUUUGAACCACCAACCUUUUGGUUAGCAGCUGAGCACUUUAACCACUGUGCCACCAGGGCUCCUUAUGUGUUUUAUAUAUAUAUAUACAUAUAAAAUAGAAAUCAUAGGGAGAGUUUUAAUGUCUUGUUUCAUAAAUAAUCUUAGGUCAGAAACAUGUAACCAAAACCCAGGAGCCAUAAAUGAUUGAAACAUUUGAAAUUUUUGAAGUAUUAAAAACUAUGCAAAUUAAAAACCGCAAUGAGAUACUGUUUCAUUCCCACUAGGAUGGCUAUGAUAUUUAAAAAAAAAAAAAGGGGAAAUAGCAAAUGAUGGCAGAGGUGUAGAGAAAUUGGAAUCCUGCCCCUUUGUUGGUGAGAAGGCAAGAUGAUACCACUGCUGUUGAAAACAAUUUGGCUGUUUCUCAAAAAGUUAAACCAAUUACCAUCUGACCCAGCAAUUCCAAUCCUAGGUAUAUACCCAAAAGAAUUGAAAGCAGGAAUGCAAACAGAAACCUGUACACCAAUAUUCAUUGCAGCACUUUUCACAAUAGCCAGAAGGUAGAAACAAUCUAAAUGUUCAACAGAUAAAUGGAUAAACAAAAUUUAACAUAUCUGUGUAGUGCAAUGCUACUCAGCCGUAGAGAUAAAUGAAGACCUGAUACAUGCUACAACAUAGAAGAACUUUGAAAACAUUACGCUGAUUGAAAGCAGUAACAAAAGGACAAAUAUUGUGUGAUCCCACUCGUAUGAAAUAGGCAGAUGUAUAGAGACCAAAGCUUAUUAAUGGUUACCAGAAGUGGGAUUGGGAGGGUAGGGCGGAGAGGAAGUCAUUGCUUAGGGGACACUGAGUUUUUGUUAAUGAUAGAAUAAUUUGGAAGAGGGUAUGGUAAUGGUUGCACAACAUGAUGAGUAUUAUCAGUAUCCCUGAAUUGUACAUGUUAUACACAUCUUUACCACAAUUUAAACAAAGGAGGGUAAAGUACUGUGUUAGUACCCUAGUGCUGCUGUGGGUGGCUUUAAGGAACAGAGAUUUAUUUUCUCACAGUUCUGGAAGGUAGAAGUCCAAGACAGAGUGUGGGACGUGUUGAUUCCCUCUGUGAGCCUUUCUCCUAGUUUCUGGUAUCUGCCAGUAUUCCUUGGUUUUCCUUGGCAUUCUUGGGCGUCUGUCUUCCCUGUAUGUCUCUGUGUCUAUUCUGCUUUUUUUAUAACUCAGAACUGCCAGGAGUUCAAGCUAGAUUCAGAAGAGGAUGUGGAAAAAGGGAUAUCGUUGUCCAAUAUCUCUUGUCUGAAAGCAGAGAAUACCAGGAAGAUGUUAAGGUGUGUUUUGUUGACUAUGUGAAAACAUCUGACUGUGUGGAUCAUAGCAAAUUAUGGAUAAGAAGCUGUACUAUAUGAAGAAGAACAUGGCAUCAGGAUUGGAGAAAGAUUUGUUAAUGACCUUCCAUAAGCAGAUGAUACAACCUUGCUUGCUGAAAAUGAAGAUGACUUGAAGCACUCAUGAAGGUUAAAGACCAUAGUCUUCCGUAUGGGUUAUGCCUGAAUGUAAAGAAAAUGAAAAUCCUCAUAACUGGACUGAUAACCGAGAUCGUAGUAAAUGAAGAAAUUGAAGCUGUCAAUUAUUUCAUUCUAUUUGGAUCAACAAUCAGUUGUCUAUGGAAUCAGCAGCCAAGAAAUCAAAUGACGAAUUGCAUUGGGCAAAUCUGCUGCAAAAGACCUAAGAUUUUAAAAAGCAAAGAUGUAACUUUGAUGACUAAGGUGUGCCUAACCCAAGCCAUCUUUUUUUUAAUUGCCUCACAUGCAUGCGAAAGCUGCACAAUGAAAAAGGAAGAAGAAUUGAUGCAUUUGAAUUGUGGUGUUGGCAAAGAAUAUUGAAUAUAUUUACUGCCAGAAGAAAGAAAAAACCAAUUUUAGAAGAAAUACAACCAGAAAGCUCCUUAGAAGCGAGGAUGGUGAGACUUCAGCUAGCUUACGUGUGCAACGGUUUGUUCUGUUAUACACAAGGUCACUGACUUGAUAGUAACUAACAACAACCUGCAUGUUUCUUGGAAAUACAUACAAGGGUAAAUCCAAAAGUAUUGUUAUAAAAUUAUAGAAA